GCCUUUGGUAGAACAUUGACCUCAAACAUAAUGAAAUUGUCAUGGGCUCCGUAUUCAACGAUGUUUUGCAGGUUUUCUGAAACUGCAAUUAGAAUUGAAAUCCGACGACCAGUUUAAAAAACUGUCAUCUGAAGUCUGAAAUUGAUGGUUUUUAUUUGAAAUUGGUAGUUAUUAUCUACAAAGUGAUGGAUGCACCUUCUUCGCAAGCCGAAUUUUUAGGAUACGCAUGUGAUGUUAUCCACUUUUUAAUGUUCAACACACCCCUGCGACAAUCCAUAAUAAUUCUUGGUACGUCCAGGACAACGACUCCCACCAAUAGUACGAUAACUGCAGUUAUCGGCGGUAUUCCUAUCACAGCGGCGAGCUUGGCUUCCUCCGCCUUGAAUUCUAUUCUUUUAGCUGGUUUGUACGCUUUUUCCUUCAUUUCCUGUUGUGCAGUUGGAAUAGGUGGUGUAGUUGAGGAUUUGAGCAGAGGUGUCGUCGGUAUGGCAGUUGUAUGUGGCGUUGUAUCUGCAUUAGAUGAUUCACUCGUUAUGGACGCAGAUGUUGAUCCCGAUGAACUACUUUCAGAUGUUGAACUUGGUGCAAAUGUUGAACUUGAAGAGCUCGGUUCAGCUGAGAUUGAUACAGAUGUUGAAGUUGAGGUUGGUGCAGAUGUUGAAGUUGAUGGUGCAGUUGUUGAAGUUGAGGUCGCCAAAGUUGUUGAAGUUGAGGCUGUUGCAGAUGUUGAAGUUGAGGUCACUACGGAUGUUGAAGUCGAGAUUGGCGCAGUUGUUGAAAAUGAUGUUGGUGCAGAUGUUGAAGUUGAGCUCGCUGCAGUUGCUGAAGUUGAGGUUGGUGCAGUUGUUGAAGUUGAAGUCGCCAAAGUUGUUGAAGUUGAGGCUGUUGCAGAUGUUGAAGUUGAGGUCGCUAUGGAUGUUGAAGUCGAGAUUGGCGCAGUUGUUGAAGUUGAUGUUGGUGCAGAUGUUGAAGUUGAGCUCGCUGCAGUUGCUGAAGUUGAGGUUGGUGCAGUUGUUGAAGUUGAAGUCGCCAAAGUUGUUGAAGUUGAGGUUGGUGCAGAUGUUGAAGUUGAGGUCGCUAUGGAUGUUGAAGUCGAGAUUGGCGCAGUUGUUGAAGUUGAUGUUGGUGCAGAUGUUGAAGUUGAGCUCGCUGCAGUUGCUGAAGUUGAGGUUGGUGCAGUUGUUGAAGUUGAAGUCGCCAAAGUUGUUGAAGUUGAGGUUGGUGCAGAUGUUGAAGUUGAGGUCGCUAUGGGUGUUGAAGUUGAGGUUGGCGCAGUUGUUGAAGUUGAUGUUGCUACAGUUGUUGAAAUUGAGGUUGGUGCAGAUGUUGAAGUUGAGGUCGAAACAGAUGUUGUUGUUGUCACUGGUGGUUUCUUGUCACAUCCAAAGUAUCUUACAGUAUCAUCACAUCCUAUGGAUUUCCAAAGUCCACCCGGUAUCAUAGCGACACAGCGACCAUCACCUGCAUUCGGUUGGCUUGUGUCCCAACUGAAAGAAUGUGUACCAUUAAAGAAUAAUGCACGUAACCCAACAACUAAAGUCACAAAGGUCAAUAAAACAUAUUCACGGUGUACAAUCAAAUCGAAAACACAGCUUCAGACAGCGACUUGCGUUAAUCGAAACGAGGCUACAAAGCAAAAUUGA